CAAUCGUCCCGUCCGACACCGACCGACCGGCAUCAAGGAUUCAAUCAUGUCGCAGGACGGGAAAUACUUUACAAGCUCCUGAUUUUGGCAUGCCUUUGACGGCGGCUACAUCUAUGUUCUGCGAUGCGCUCCAGACACUCGAGCUGCGUUGGCGCAAAAUGUCGAGACAGGUUUGUCCAAACCUUUCAUGCAACCGCGCGAAGCCCGACAAGCCCGGUUGUCUGGGAAGCGUCUACGAGUUGGGUCGGAGCAGAGUACCAAAUCCCCGACUCCCUUGCGACAAGAUUGCAGUGUGCCCAACAGCCCUGCCACACACAGGAAAGUGUCGAAAUACGCUCGACGUAAUUGUCCGGGGUCUAGAAUGGUUAUGCGACGACGUCCGGCGCCAUCUCAGCGUGGUGCCCUCAUCCCCAUCGCCCAGUCCAUACUUGAGUACUCAAAGUGUCUGGUAUGGCUGUGAGUUUGGAUUUUGGUAUUUUGCAGGGCAGCCGUACGUCUGUAAAGGUCUCCGUCUGAGCGCUCCAGAUUUGUCUCUGGUUCCGGUGCGCUGUCAUGGUCGUCGCCGCCAGUUUGAGUGCACAGAAGCUCUUGCAUCUCGAUUUCGUCUUCUGGUCUAGGCGUGUCUCUACCACCAUCCGUCUUGAAGGUAAAGAGACUCAC